ACAACAAGUACAUGUAUUGCAAUGCAAUGUGUACACUUUAUUGGCAAGAGAUCCAUUGACCAGUUGCUGUACAGUGCUGUGACUGUGUUCCCGAGUGAAACUGCUUCUGAGAUUCUUGAAAAAUUGAUCUUGAGUUGUCAUCUAUCUCAAGUUAUCAGUUGAUUGUUGGCACAUUGGAAGAAGUUCGUAAGCCAGGAUGAAGUUUGUUCAUUUGCUGCCAGUACUGACAACCCUUGCUCUUUCUCCGGGAGGAGCAUUGUCGUAUGAAGCGGGAAAGACAUACCGCUAUGACUAUGCUACCGAUUUAGAAAUCAGCGACCCAAGCUCGGGAGAUGACUGGAUUAGCGAUGGAUCCAACGUCGGCUUCAAACUUUCCUCGGUCAUUGACCUUGCUGUUGUCUGGCAGAACCCACAAGAUGCCUAUGAAAAGAUCUGGAAACUUACAUUUGCAGAUACCAAGCUUCAGAACCCAGGAAGGAGAACAGAUGAGACGGAUACCUUCAAAGCAGCACCUAACCUCCAGAUCAUCAGCGGCCAGCCACUCUAUGUCAUCACCAAAGCUGGGAAGGUGGAGUCUGUCUACGGCUCAACGAGUGACACGCCCACUUCCCUGAACAUGAAGAAGGGCGCGGCUAGCCUGUUCCAGUUCCAGUCUACAGAGGGCAGUGUCUCAGAGGUUGAUGCAUCAGGUCAGUGCCAGGUCAGGUAUUCCUCAAACAAUGGCAAGGUCACCAAGUCGAAGGAUAUAGCCAGCUGCACCAGCCCCACCUCAGCCAGCGACUUCCAGCACCCUAGGCGUAUCCUUGGUGUGAACGUCCAAUCAGAAUGCUCGACAGUCUACACCUUGUCGGGUGAUGGCUCUGUUAUCCAAUCAGCAGAGGGAACAGAAAGCUAUGCACUCAGCGUCAGUAUCAGGGAUACGAUAGCAUCAUCUAUAAAUUCAAGACAAUCUUUGGUACUUCAGGGUACUAGUGAUGGUGCAGGCUCUCUUCAAGGUGCUAGUGUAGAUGCUGCUAUUCAGGCUGCAGGAAGCUUCCUACCACAGUCUCUAGCCCAGGAUAUAGUGGAUCAACAGUGCACAGAUAACUGUCAAUCAGCUGCAGAUGUCGUAGACAAGUAUAGAAACUCUAUCAAAUCAGAGUUCUUGGCCAAUACUAAAUCUUCUUCAGCAUUUUUGAAAAUCCUUGAAGCUUUCCGCCAGGCUGGUAAAGAGACCAUUGUUGACAUCGUCAGGAGUGGCGCCAAUGAUGAAAUCAGGGCCCAACUGCUAGACAUCGUAGCUGCUACUCAGACAAGUGCAUCCUGGGAAGCCGCCUUAGAUCUUCUAGACUUUAGCCAAGAUGACCAAGAAGAGACUAUAGAGAAAUUCUUGGUCAAUGCAGCUUUUAACAGCCAUCCAUCAGAAACACAGAUACAAAAGAUUUUCGAGCUAAUUCAGAGUGGUCAGGUGUCCAGUGAAAAUAUUCAGAAAACGAUGGCCUUGUCCUUGGGGUCUACAGUCAAGAUCUAUUGCUCUAUCAGUGAGGAAAAGUGUAGCUCACAAAUUGUCAAAAGUGUAUUGGACCAUUUCAUGCGUGGGCUUCUUGCUGACGAGCGCGAGACGCGUCUGGUGUCCCUCUACGCUCUCAAGAACGUUGCCCGACCCUCAGCGAUGCCAGCGAUCUUGGCCUUGGCAAAAGAUGAUGAAGACAUGGAUCUGAUUGAAAUUGCAGUGGACGCCAUGUCUCAAUUUGAUGAGCAAUGCUUUACCCCAGAAAUAAACAAAGGCCUAAACUCAAUUUAUCACCAAAAUGACCGGCGGUAUUCCAACGUCGUGAGGGUAGCGGCGGUGACUCUGAUUCUUGGAAAGAACCCCUCUAUACAAGACGUCGUCAAUGUAGCCCUGUCUUUGAACUGUCAGGAUUCUCAUGAAUUUGCCAAGUUUGUCUAUUCUAAGAUGAUGCUUCUGAGUAGAGAGGAUACACAAGCAGCUGCUGUGAUAAAAGAGGCCCUCUCUGACAUGAUGGUGUACAACUAUGCGAUGGUUCGAUCUGGUGGAUUCUCCAAUGCUUACAGAAGUUUCCUGGCUGAAAUGGAUGCCACUUCUGCGCCCUUUGAGCUUGAUAUGCAGAUGACCAGUGCUGGUCUGCUAAGGAAGAGUACCUUUGAUGUAGGCCUUGAUGCUUCUAAUGAUUCUCUCACAUUGAUGGAGGUCCUAAUCUUCUCCCGUGGUCUUGAAAGUUUCUUUGGUGAGGACACCGGUGACGAAGGAGAAUCAACGGCUGGCAUCGCCGUUCAGCUCCUCGGUGUUACCCUCCGUCCAAUCGUCUUCUUCUCUGGGUCAGGUGACCUGAUGAGCAUGGCUUGGAGCUUAGGCUCCGCCUCCUCUGACUCCUCCUACUCGGCCGUCGCUGGUCUUCUCCUGCUUCAGGAUCAUUCUCAGAGGAUAUCUCUUCAAUCUGGGCUAGAAGUUGAAGCAAAUCUUCAGGGUGGUCUGUCAAUUGACGUUGGUGGGGCCCUUGACUUCAGCCUGUGGCAUAGAACAUCAACGACAACAGUGUAUAAUAGUGGUGCCAUGUCGAUACGAGGCUCAACACGCUUAGCUAGUCCAUUCCUGAAUGCAGGUAUAAGCUACGGUGCCGACGCUUCGGGUCACAUCGAUUUCAUCACAACCGUCAAGUUUUCUUCCCUACCUCCAUCAUUCUGUUUGCAGAUGACACAAGAACCUCUAGCAUAUAAACAAUUUGUCAAGAAAUUUGAGCAGCUAGAUAAUUCACCAAAGAAGUUUGACGUCUCGUAUUCCCGGAAGACGAAAGUCCUCCCGUCGUCUUUCAAGCUUUUCAAGGAGAACUCGCCGAUGUGUCAUGAAAUGUUCGGCAAAGAAGAAGAGGAGGCUUCCUCAAGCUGGUGGUAACUAAGUGAAGAGUUUCGCUGCUGGGCAAUUCUGUAAACUUAUAUUCAUGUACGUGCGACCUCCUAUACAUAUGUGUUAGACCGUCCUGAAAUGAUUUGUCUGCUAUUUGAUUGUUCUUAUGAAAGUUUGUAAUGGUCCUGAAUAAUUGGUGUUGAUUCGUUUACAUGGUUGUGCUAAGAAAGCAUGAAUGCUUGUGGGAGAUUCCAUGCUUUUGUUGUUUUUCUCUUUUUUUUUCUUUUUUUUAUGUCCCAUACGACACAGUUCUAUUUUUCAUUUCAUUUGUAAAGGAUAUGUAAUCCAGUAAAGUCUUUGUUCUUGCUCCCCUUCUGAAGCUACUUGAGGAUCACCAUCAAUCAAGAAAAUAUCUUUUUAUUUUCAUGUCGAAAAGACAUAAAAUGUUGUCGAAAUGCCCUGUAAGACACAGCAUGGAAUCGCCCUUCCAGAGCUGCCAACCAUUAGGAAAAAUGCAUAAUUUUUAUGUUUUUCAUACCAAAUUACGCCUUUAUGCUUUUGACCUUUAUUACUAUGCUUUUCAGCGCCAAUAGCUAUGUACAAAAUUUUAAUACACAGAUAAUACAUUGCGCAGCGGCGAACUCCUCUGAAGGCAGAAAAUACUGCCAUUGCAUGCAUGAUUGUGUCGCUUUGUUUACAUUGCCGUGCAUGUGGUGAUUGCCUAGGUCGGGCAGCAUAUCGUAUUUGUGCAUGCAUUGCCAUGGUGCAUUGCAUUGUCUAUGGAAAAUAUGGCAUUGGGUUCAAAGAUAAAACAGACUUUCAGGCAUCCAAAUGAUUAAUGUCAGUGAUGUUGAAGAAUUAAAAGAAAACUUCUUUGAGGUAAGAUUAAGAAAUGAUGUGAAUACCUUUAUUCUUUAAAUAUGACCAAGCCCAAGGACUAGAAUAUGUAGAUCUAAAAUUUAUUUAGCAAAAGUAGGCCUAAAACCUCUUUUAAAAUUAAAUAUCUGUUCAUUUACAUCCUUUGUGCACCAUUUAUAUUUACAUGUAUUUGCAAAUAUGCGCCAUUGUUCAUCUGUUCUAUACUACUGCAAAGAAAUAUACUGUGUGGCGCGUAUGAAAUUAGUCUUACUUUUCUCAAAGAAAUUUAUGAUGCCGCAUGGCGCGUAUGAAAUUACUCUUUAUCUCAAAAUUAUGACUUUUGAGCAUCUGGAUUACUACUUUUUACUUUCAAAGGUUGGCAGCUCUCUUUGCUUUAGGGGACUGAAGGUCUUAAGGUCCUCUCUGAGGGACUAAUGAAGAUACAUGUAGAUACCUUACCAAAGGGCACUAGCACACUGAGUGGGAAUUUGAACCUGGAUCAGCGGAAUCCAAAAGCCCCUCAACUGAGCCAUCACGCUUCCUCCCAAUCAUGGCUUGAAAAGUUCUUGGAGUGGAGUAAGAAAAGAGAAAAAUGGGAGUUGGACGUACAAAAAUGUUGAUAAUUUUACAGAAUUGCCCUUUUGCCAAACUUCAUACAUUUGUACUAGAAUUUAUUAUCAUAAAUGCUAUGCUUAUCAGAUUUGAAUUGUGAAAAUAUGCAAUGACAAUUAUUUAAAAUUUGUGCAACAUAAAACCAUGGUUUAAAUUGCAGGUUUAAUGUAUGGAAAGCCAAAUGUGACUUUUCUGUCAACACUUUUAAAAGUCUUAUGUUCAUCAACUUCUGGGCCCCAUCUUACAACGAGUUGCGAUUGAUCCAAUCAACCAUAACUAUGGAAAGCCAGUAACAUCAACAUCUAUAAUACAUGUUGACAAUAUUUUCUAAUUGUGAUGCAUAUUCAUACAUUCAUUGUUUUCUAAAAAACUCAGUUUGCUUCUCUUUGUUUGCAAAGGACAUUGUUCAAAUUUCUUGUAGAAAAUAUUAUGAGUGAUGGAUUUCCAUAGAAUUGAGGUUGAUUGGAUUGUAAGACGAGACCGAGGAUCCAUCCUUCAAGGAUGUCACAUGCCAGACUCGUCUUUUUAUGUCGACUGUGAAUAGAACCUGGUGGCAAAAAGGUUUGUGAUGGAUAGGAAAUAUGAAAGAAUGACACUGAUUGGUUCAUGAUCAGUAUCAUGAACAAAACAGGGCCCCGUCUUACAAAGAGUUAUGAUUGAUCCAAUAAAUGGAAAUCUAUGGAAAUCCAUCAGUGCCAUAAUUUUUCUACAGGAAAUUUGGAAAGUGUCCUUUGUAAACAAAGGAGAACAAACCAAAUUGUCAAGAAAUCAAUGAAUUCAUGGACAUACAUUCAUAUCUAGAAAAUAUUUUGAACAAACAUGCAGUUUAUAUGUUGACUUUGCUGGCUUUCCAUAGUUGCGAUUGAUCGGAUCAAUUGCAACUCUUUGUAGGACGGGCCCCAGCAGGUAUGCAACAAUGCUCUCGACUGGCCAUUGCUAUUUAGCGGUUAAUCGCAAAUCUUUGUAUCAUGGAGCCCAGGUUACAAAUAACCUGCUACCAAAAUUCAUCAAUGUUGAUUAGAAAAAAUCAAUAUAUUUCCAAACUUAUUGUUUUUGGAACUCAAUUCUAAAUCAUGUAUGUCUAAUAUCUUCUUUUCUAUUGAAAAAAAUGGAGAUAAAAAGAGAAACUGAUUACAGCAAGGUGACCCUACCAACAGUGAGGACUUUUAAGUGAAAAGGAUAAGACUUACAUGUCGAGAAAAACAGUGCAAAUUUGAGCAAAUUUCAAUACGAACUGUUUUUACAUGCUUCCUGAUGGAUUUUUUGUGACAUUUUCUCUUUACCAUAUCAGAGUGUCAUGGUAAUAUUUGUUUUCCAGUUAAUGGACACCAAAGAUUUGUGUGUAUGGGUUCAUACAGUAUACAUAGGUGCUUGAAUUUCAAUAAUUGUUGAUUUGUCAUCAUUUAUGAUCUCUUAUGUUUGUGUUACAAUUCUACCUUUGGAUUAGCCAACACAUUUGCUGCAAUAUCAUAGUACAAAAUUGUGGAUAAAUCUUGAUUCUUCCCUAGAUUUGUUGAAGUUGAUGGCAAUUAAUGUGAUGUGAAAAUGAGGUAAGACCAAUGUAUGUAGUGAUUUCGUUUUUGUAUAAGAAAUGAGUUGUUUAUGUUGCAGUCAUGAGUAAAUUAUAUUUAAAUGUAUUAUAUGAAAUCAUGUACAUGGAAAUGCACAUGCAAAUAUAAAUGAAGUUACACUAUGUAAAAGUUAUAUAUUAAAGAAUAGAUUAUAAUGAAAUGCACCAAAAUGUAUUUAUCUGAUCAUAAAAUAAGAUGUCAAACUGGGCAAGAUUUCAAUAUUGUAAUUUUAAUAAUUGGACAUUAAAGAAAGUGUGUGGAUGAUUUAUCACAAAUGAUACAAGUGCCUGUAUAAUUCUGCCCAACUUUGGCAAAAGGAAGCAAGUGACACUCAUCAGUCAAAUUUGAGUAAUUGUUGUUUCUGAAAGACCCUUUGUAUGUUGGACGUUCAGGCAAAAUUUUGGGGAAGAAAUUAUCAUUCUAUGGAAAGAUAUUGAAGAAACUAUGCUGUUAAAUUGCAUUGAUGCCUAUGUAAAUGACGAACACACAUUGCUGAUUUACAACAAAUGAUACUUAGGUAAAUUGCUUCCUUUUGCCAAAGUACGGCAUAAUUGUUCUGAUGAAUAUUAUGUACAUGUAUAUUGUUUUUCGUAUGAUAACAGAUUCGAAGGUGUAUACAUUUACAAUAUGGACAAAUUUUUGUGUGUGGAUUAUAUAGUCUGUCUUGUAAACCUGCAAACAGAUUUAAUACAGUUCAUUCAUUGUUCGCCAUUAGAGUAAAAGGAUGAUAAACUGUGUUGAAAAUAAAUCUGAAAAUUUCUAAUAAUUUCUAAUAAUUUCUUCAAAAGUAAAACAUUCCAUUUGAAACAAGGUACCAGUAUUUAUAAGAGGAAAGUUCGAUAAUUGAAGUGACAUUUUUGUAUUAUUUUGCAAGGUUUUUUUUCUUUCAAUUAUGCGAUUCCUAUAACAUGUAGUGCUGCAUAGAGAUUUAUUAACGAUUCUUUUAAACUCUCCAGCAUACAUUUUUUUUUAACAGAAAUUUUCACAGUAUUGGACUAUAAUCAUUUGUAAAUUGUAAAUACAUUUAAAACUAGCAAGUCAGUCUUCCAGAAGUCAAAUAUUUGCCUAUAAAACACCAAAGUAAUUUUUUAAGACCAGAUUAUUAAAAAAAUGUGUUAUAUACCGUUUCUAUGUGGUCCCAAUAAUAAGCCAAUUUACCUGUUAUCAGACCCAGGCAAAUUUUCUCUUAAAUAUAGUUUGGUUCUUGUACUGCAGAGCUCUCUCUAAAGGGGUGUUGUACGCAAAUAUUUGGAAUCAGUUGCAAUUUUCAGAUGCCAAUUUUCAAGUGAUUGAUCAAUUAACUAUUAAAAGCAAAUUAAUUUGAGGAGUGUCCAGAAGAAGGCCCAGAACCGCCAGGAGUGGAGAUCCUUCGUUGGUGCCCUACAUGCCAAGAGCCAUAAUGGGCAAUAGUUUUGUUGAUGUAAGAAACAGUCCAUCGAUCAAUUGCAAAUUUGCAAUUGAAUUCACGACCUAUGAUUGAUUUUGGACCUAAAAUUUAGUUUCUUGCAACAUCCCAUAAGACUCGAGCUAGUAGGAAUCUAUUUCUUCAAACCAAAGUGUUUUUCGUGUUAUGCACACAAUUUGCUCAAUGUAAGCUGUUGUCAAGGUAACAAGAAUGAUGUAUUUGUCUACAGUAGAGAGUGAACUAUGCACAGUAAUUCAGCUAUGGGUAUUAAUUUAAUUAAUGUAAUGGUGCGAAGUAAUUUAAUGAUAACCCUCCGAAUUGAACAUCUCACAUAGCUAUAUGAAUUUUGAUAUUUUUCUAAUUUUGAUACACUUUUGUAAUAAGUUUAUAUUUGAUGAGAAAUGCCAAGAUUAAUAGAAAUAUAUAUUAUGAAAUUUAA